AUGGCUCCUGCAUCACCUGCACCUCCCACAUUGGAGGCCGAUAGCCCGAUUCCGCCUUCUACUCCGCCGCCGGGUCCACCCGUUAGAAGGUCAGUUGUGUUGCCGUCGUCUCGAAUGAGCGCUGCAUCCUUUUUGAAUUGUGAUACUUUGACUGCGGGGAUCGCAGCGCUCUACGGUCAACUGGAUCUUCAUGCCGCGGUUGUUGCCGACUACCACUCGUUGGAAGUGUUAUGUCGGGACCAGAAUCUGCAGAUCGACCGACUGCAAACGCAGUUGCAAUCGUACGUCAAGAUUGCCCCGCGCUUGGCAACCUAUACGGAGCUGGCGCGGCGCUUGGGUCAAAAUCACGUGGUCCGAGAACUCAAGACGGCUCUCUCAGAAGCCGAAAAGACGUCUAAACAAAAUUCGGGCGGCGAUCUCCAAGCUGCGACAGCCAAGAUAUCCAAGUACAAGAAUCUCUUCCACAGAGUUGACAAGAAGCUUGACACGACCAGACUGGCGUUGGAAGACAUGUCGAAGACCCAUCAAGACUGCCUCCGUGAACAAGAGCUUGUAGAAGCGGAGCUGCAACGGCUGCAACCGGACCUCGUGGACUGGAACUCCCACGUGGAUCGUCUGCGUAUUCAAGCAUCGAACUGA